GGGCUUCACUUAGGAAAUAAGACAGAGCCUGGGUGAGCCGGUCGUCAAAGGAGAGCCUCAACUAAACACAUCAACACUUUGCUUCUUUUUGAGAUUUUUUUUGAACAGACAAUAGCUUCUGAAGUGAAAGGGCAAAUUGAAGACACCUGUGUUUCUUUCAAAAUUUAGAACUUCAGCAGGUAAAAUGACAAAAGUUAAUCUGACUGUAGUUGUUCUGGGUGUCAUGCUGCUUUUCGCAGACACAUGGGCCCAGAGUCCCAGAAAGAGAUUGGCGCCUCCGAAGCCUCCGAAGGGGCAAUGCUGUGACGAGGUCCGCUCUCUCAAGGUUCAGGUAGCCAAUCUGACGAGUAUCCUUGAGGAGCUGAGCCGGAAGCAGGAGACAGACUUGAUGAAUGUUGUCAGGCAAAUAAUGGAGCUGGACCAGCAGAACAGGCAGCAAGAAGCCCGGGUCACGGAGGCAGAAAGUAAAUACUCUGAAAUCAACAAUCGUGUAGAGAUCAUGCAGCUGCAAACUCUACAGUCUGCUACUCAGACUUCAUCAGAUGCUAUAUAUGACUGUGCUUCAUUGUACACUAAGAACUACAAGAUCUCUGGCGAGUACAAACUGCCAAAAGAUGACUUUCUGGGCACACCUGAGCUGAGCGUGUUCUGUGAUAUGGAGACAAAAGGAGGCGGCUGGACUGUGAUCCAAAGACGCAAGGUUGGCCUGACGUCAUUUAACCGUGACUGGAAGCAGUACAAAAACGGGUUUGGAUCCAUCCGUGGAGACUUCUGGCUGGGCAAUGACCACAUCUUCCGUCUUACCAGGCAACCCACAGUGCUCAGGGUGGAACUGGAGGACUGGGAAGGAGAGAUUCGCUAUGCUGAGUACGGCUUUUUCACUGUGGGUAAUGAGCUCAACAGCUACAAGCUCUUCCUCUCCAACUACAGUGGGAACGCCGGAGACUCCCUGCGCUACCACAACAACACCAACUUCAGCACCAGCAACAAAGACAAUGACAAAUGUGUGGAUGACUGCGCCGCUCUGCGCAAAGGUGGCUACUGGUACAACUGCUGCACUGACUCCAACCUGAAUGGAGUAUUUUACCGCUACGGCGAGCACACGAGGAACUCAGAUGGGAUCACUUGGUACGGCUGGCAUGGCUCCAACUAUUCCCUUAAGAGAGUGGAGAUGAAGGUCCGCCCUGUGAGUUUUCAACCAUAAGUGCUUCAGCUGUGCAUCCUGGAUCAAGAUCAUACAAAUCAUUUGCUGAGAGUUCACUAAUACCUGUAAGACCAUACUGUGGCUUUCCCUUGAAUACGAAAGCAAUCAAAUUUUAUGGUUUCAGUCAGAUGAAUGUUUUACGUGCUUACCGUGUUUGAUUGUAAAUUGUAGUUCAUUUUGUGUAUUUAUCAGUAAGAUAUUAUAUUUUUUAAAAGCUUUGAUAGAUGCUCUUUUACCACUGUCUUUUGUGGAUAACUGGAAUUUGAUUCCUCCUCUUUAUUUGUUUGGAAAGCACAAGGUAUUUAUCAGUUAACACGUGCCUUUAAUAGGCCCAAAAAUAGUAUGAAAGGGGACUGGAAAGAGUCAUUACAGACUGGGAGGAACUCAUUAAAAAAGGAUCGUUGUGGGUUACUGGAAUGGAAUAAACCACCAAAUGUAUUUCCUAUGAAUUAUGCUGCAUUUUAUUGUAAAACCCUAACCAUUGAUGAUGAAUAUGUGUUAUUUGUAAAAUGUGUACAGCUCUGUAAUUAUGUUGUUUUAUGUGAUAGGAAAUAAAAAUAUUUUUAAAAGAAA